AUGAUUAAACCAGCGUUGGAAGAGGGAAUGAAAUUCACUAAUGUGGUAGUCUUUAGGAAGGCACUAAAGGAGUGGCAAGUUCAACAAGGGUACGACUACAAAUUUGUGAAGAAUGAAAGUAGCAGGGUCACUGUGGUCUGUAAGGAGGAAGGAUGUGGUUUCAGAGUUCAUGCUUCAGCAAUGCAGGGGGAAAGAACUUAUCAAAUUAAAACAAUGACUCCUCAUCAUGAUUGUCUAAGAACCUACAAUAACCAUCAUGUCACUUCACAGUACAUUGUAGACAAGUACUUGGACAAGUUGAGGGAUGAUCCAUGGAUAAAGGUUGAUGCAUUUCAAAAACAGGUAAGAAGGGAAUUAACAGUUGAUGUGAGUAGCGGCAAAUUGUAUAGAGCCAAGAAGAAGGCUAAGGAAAUGAUUGAAGGAGACCACUCUGUGCAAUAUGGUAGGUUAAAUGACUAUGUGGAAACUAUUCUGAAAUUCAAUCCUUCAAGUUGGAUCAAGAUACAGUCAAAUAAGCCUUGUCCAGAACUACCCCCAACUUUCUGCAGAAUGCCUGUGAUUGGGUUGGAUAGAGCUUUUUUGAAGGGUUUAUAUGGGGGACAAAUACUUAGUGCAAUUGGGGUGGAUGGUAACAACAACAUGUUUCCUAUAGCCAUAGCUGUGGUAGAGGCAGAAACUAAGGAUUCUUGGACUUGGUUCUUGAAAAUAUUGUUGGAGGAUAUUGGCACUGUGGAAGAGAGGAGAUGGACAUUUAUCUCAGCUAGGCAAAAGGACUUCAUAGAGACAUCCAAAGAGCUAAUGCCAAAUGCAGAACAUAGAUUCUGCCUUAGGCAUUUGUACUCAAUUUACAUAAAGAAGUUUAGAGGUAAGGAAUUGAAAGAUUUGAUGUAG